AUGAAGCGGCAGAACGUGCGGACGUUGUCCCUGAUCGUCUGCACGUUCACCUACCUGCUGGUGGGCGCCGCGGUGUUCGACGCCCUGGAGUCCGAGUACGAGAUGCGGGAGAAGGAGCAACUGGAGGCGGAGGAGAAGCGGCUCCAGGGCAAGUACAAUAUCAGCGACGAGGAUUACCGCCAGCUGGAGACCAUCAUCAUGGAGGCAGAACCGCACCGCGCCGGGGUGCAGUGGAAGUUCGCCGGCUCCUUUUACUUCGCGAUCACGGUGAUCACCACGAUAGGUUACGGGCACGCCGCCCCGGGCACCGACGCGGGCAAGGCCUUCUGCAUGUUCUACGCCGUCCUGGGCAUCCCCCUGACGCUGGUGAUGUUCCAGAGCCUGGGCGAGCGCAUGAACACCUUCGUCAAGUACCUGCUGAAGCGCAUCAAGAAGUGCUGCGGCAUGAGCGUCACCGACGUGUCCAUGGAGAACAUGGUGACGGUGGGCUUCUUCUCCUGCAUCGGCACGCUGUGCGUGGGCGCCGCCGCCUUCAGCCACUACGAGGACUGGAGCUUCUUCCAGUCCUACUACUACUGCUUCAUCACGCUCACCACCAUCGGCUUCGGGGACUUUGUGGCGCUGCAGAAGAACCGCGCGCUGCAGAGGAAGCCGCUCUACGUGGCCUUCAGCUUCAUGUACAUCCUGGUGGGGCUGACGGUGAUCGGCGCCUUCCUCAACCUGGUGGUGCUGCGCUUCCUCACCAUGAACAGCGAGGACGAGCGCCGCGACGCCGAGGAGCGGGCCUCCCUGGCGGGCCACCGCAACAGCAUGAUCAUCCACAUCCAGGAGGAGCCGCGGCCCCAGCAGCAGCAGUACCGCCCCACGGAGGUGAUGGACCUGCAGUCGGUGUGCUCCUGCAUGCACUACCACUCGCCCCCGGAGUUCGGCAGCUCCGGGGGGGGCGAGGGCGGAGGGGGCGGGCGGAUGGGGGGUCUGGGCUGCGGCUUCACCAACCAGAACUCGUUCAGCUCGCAGCUGAACCCCAAUCAGUACUUUCAGUCGGUGUCGUACCGGAUCGAGGAGAUCUCGCCCAGCACGCUGAAGAACAGCUUCUUCCCGUCGCCCAUCAGCUCGGUGUCGCCCGGCCUCCACAGCUUCAUGGACCACCGGAGGCUCAUGAAGCGCAGGAAAUCCGUCUGA